AUGACUGCUGUGACACUCAUCCAGCCACUGCCACUGGUGCCGCCAGAGCCAUAUCCCUCGACUAAGGCACCCAUUACCAAAGUCCCUAUCACGCUCGACUGUACCUUGCAUGACCUAUACUCAUUGGACAAUGAUACCCCACAAAACAUUGUUCUCGCCUAUGAUCACCCGUGCAAGUUUCCCCGAGACCAGAUUAACUUGCCUUCGGGUGCACGGUUCGUGUACGCUGCCAACUUUCCUGGUGCGCAUACAAAAGGGGAGGCGCCGAAUCUACAGAAGCGCAGUAUCGCUCAACGAUAUUCUUUCAUCGCUGGUUGUACCCCUGUUGCGAUGAUUGAUCUGAGUGGGAAUGGAGGUGAAGACCUUCCAAACAUCUUGACAACCUCUCAGGACGAAGUAGUGCGCCUUUACGAUCAAUUGAGCCCGGAUCAACGGCCUGAAGUGCGAUUUAUCAGGGGUAUGCACGAUUGCCAGUUAGCCCCCGACUCGCGUGCAGUAUUUAUUGUUCCCCAGGAUCACACUUGCACAAGGUUCGAUCAUGCAGUGGAUCCAGAGAUGCUUUACGAGGUCCUGUCCAAGCGCUGGUUAGCAGUGAGCGGCCUGCCAACACCAAAAUCCAAGAUCAUCGACCCGCUACCGAUCAAGUCUUGGAAAGCAGGCGCCGAUGCAGAGGUCGAAAGGAUGCUGCAAGCUGUUCAGCAGCAAGGGCUCCCGUUUGUGGUGAAAGUAUCGAUUGCUACCUCGGGCUAUGGAACAUACGUCAUCCGACGUGAGUCAGAAAGAGAGACUGCUGUGAUUGAGUUGCGGAGCAUCCUCAAAGACGUGCUUGAGAAAAUCAAUGAAGAGCAUGAGCGAUUGUAUCCUGCAAGCUUCGUGAUCCAGGAGCUAAUACCAGGGGAGGCCCAUGGAGUGACAUUCUUCGUUACAAAGAAGGGCCGGCCAGUGUACCUGGCAACAUCUCAGCAACGUUUCGACCAGGAAGGAGUUUGGAAUGGUGGGUGCGUGUCGUACCCUUUGCAACCCAUGUUCCAGGAUCGGUAUAAAUCUACGAUAGAAGCUUUGGCUAAAGCCCUGCACAGCAAAGGGUACUACGGACCGGCAGGAGCUGAUAUCAUGACGGACGCGAAUGGGGAGCUUUUGAUUGUCGACGUCAAUCCACGCGUUACUGGAUCUUACCAUUUGGGGCUCCUUAAGAAUCAUUUCAUGCAGCGCGGGCUAUAUGAAGCGGCGGUUCUCUCACGCUUACUCAUUCCGUGUUCACGAAGUCUGUUUGAGGAACAGUUUGCGGUGGAGAUCGCACAAGGAAAGUUGAUCAUAAGCGCAUGGGUCAUUGACUCGAAGAAAGAGAUCAGUUAUGCGGCCUUGACCGUGGGAGCGGAGGAUGCCGUCAAGUUGGGUCGGUUGAUUCGCGUUAUUGAGACGUUCGUGAAGACGGGAGAGUAUGCGGAAAGCGCUGAACUAUGA